AUGGCCGACACCAAAGGCCAAGGGUUUCCUAUCCUCUCAUACCAACCUCUCCGGUUUCUCUACCAGCUUUCCGGCUCCUUCUUUAUCCUCUCCUGCCUGCCGGUCUGGUCUUUCCAGGCUCUCAUACCGGCAUGCCGUCCUCACCCAAAAUGGGGCUUCAAACAAACGUUGAUGGCGCGUCUGACGCGCAGCAUCGUUGACCUGUAUUCGAACGUGGGCAUCACUGAGACGCACACCCUCAAGGCAGGCAAGGAGGGCGACCGCUUUCAGACCGUCGAACCCUUCCCAUCUGACCUCUACCGCGGCCCUCUGGUAUCGAACCCAGAUGUAAAGCCCGCUACCGUGGGCGGCACUUGGUUCCCCGAGAAGACGGAUGUCGAGAGUGGCUUUGGUGGCACCGUCGUUCUGCAAGUUCAUGGCGGUGCUUUCGUUCUCGGAGAUGGACGUACCGGGUACUGCGGCUUCAUGGCCAAGAUGCUCAUGGAGAAGUCCGGCGCCGACGCCGUUUUCGCGCCGCAGUACCGUCUGUCGGGCUACGGCAGUGGUGGCGCCGCCGCCGAGAACCCUUUUCCUGCUGCUCUCCAAGACGUCCUCACCAGCUACCUCUACCUCACCAAGACCCUCGGCAUCCCGUCUCAGCGCGUCGUGCUCUGCGGCGACAGCGCAGGUGGCAACCUCGUGAUCGCCCUACUGCGCUACCUGGAGACCUUCGGACAGGAACUCGGACUGGCUCUCCCUAGUUGCGCCGUUCUCAUCGCCCCCUGGGUGAACCCGCUCGCCAGUCUAGGACCCGACUCCGUGUACAAGCAGCACGAGCACUGGAGCACCGACUACCUCCCCGUCUCGUUCCUGCGCUGGGGCGCCAAGGUGUACUCCUCCGGCGUGGCUGAAGAGAACAUGCCGUAUGUGACGCCACUCGGCAACGCUUGGAAGACCGAGGUGCCUGUUUUCGUUUCAAUGGGCGAGGCCGAGAUAUUGGAGACGGACGGUACUGCCUGGUGCCGCCAAAUGCAGGAAGCCGGCGGCAACGUGGAGGUGUCUUAUGAAGAGCAUGCCGUUCACGACACGAUGUUGAUGGGCGCCAUUGUCGGUUGGGAGGACAGCGCGCAGGCUGUGGCGGCAAGGAUUGGGGAGUUCAUCAGACAAGUGCAAAAGGGGACGGAGCUGGACGUUAAGGAUGCGGCGUAA